AUGUAUGAAUUAGGCGAUGGAGAGUACAUGGAUGAACAUCACCAUCACCACCAAGCCCCUACCGGCCAGUCGGGCGGUGACGAUGUGAGACAGUCGCAGGUAUUCUCCGGAAGCUACGGCGCUGGCGGCUAUCCAGCAUCCAGCUCUGGCUCCAUGCCGCACAUGGGCAGCUCCCACGGCGGAGCCAUCUCCGCACGCCGUCACAGCCGGAGCGAGAACGACGAGCCUGAAGAUCUGUUCCCCAACAUCCCCGAGGCGAAGAAGCGCAAGUUCAUUCUCGUCGAGGACAACGUCCGAGGCUCUCGCCUCCGUGUUAGAGUCACACUCGACAGCGUCGAUACCAAGGAGAUCCCCGAUUCCUUCCGCAAGGGCGCCUCCGUCUUUCCCCGGUCAUACUUCCCUCGCGAAAUGCAGAGCCCGCCACCUUCGGCCACUGGUUCCAAGUUCUUCGUCGAAGACGCCGAUGAGGAGGACGACGGCGUCGAAGAGACUGACGGACGUGGCUCUCGGAGAGCUCGUGGUAACAGCAAAAGCAUGGUUAAGGUGCCCAUUGGCGAGAACACGGAAGGAGAGGUCGCUAUUCCCCGGAUGAGGAAGAGCGUAAGGGGCAAGGAGGUCCGACUGAACGACCUUGGAUAUCGGAUGGCUUGGCUCCAGAGCCGUGUCUUUGCGGGACGGACCGUUUUCCUCCAAAGAGCUCUGGACUGCUAUCGCAACAAGACGCGUUCUGCGAUCGAGUCCAUUAUGCAGGACGUCAAGACACUUGCGCCGCACUACGAGACCCGCGUCGGCAAGCGGAAGUGGAACGAGAGAAUGAGAAAGGGCGAGGCCGAGGAGUAA